AUGCCCGCCGAUGCGGAUACCUCAGACCUCAUCACCUUCAAGCCCAACGGUCUCGCCUCGACGGCGAUGAUUGCGACCCUGCAAGGCACGCUCAAGGGCAGGGACGCCCUGCUGGCAUGGACGCUGCUCGUCCUCACGCACACGAUCCAAUUCUGCCUCACGUUGGGAUCGAUCAACACCUACUUUGUGUCGCUCGUGCAGGGCAACUCGACCGACUUCUCUUGGGGCAGCACGUUUGACGCCCACUCUGGCAAGCUGGACGUCCUCUCCCACAUUUGCCUCGUCGUGGUCCUCCUCCUCUUCCCCUUCCUUCAGCUCGCGAGCCUCUUGGGCAUGACGGCCUUCAGCGAGGCGGCGCACACCUUCCUGCUGCUACGCAGUCUGCUGAGAGCCCGCCCGAAGCUGAAGAAGGCGGGAUCGUGGGUCCCAGGCAUUUGGGUGAUUGUUGCGGGAGAGGCGGCGUUCGUGGUACUGGUCGGAAUGAUCUUCCCCAUGCUCAUAUUUGCCACGGCAGCAAAGGUUGCGCUCAACACCGACUUCAACUUUUACUCGCUCGCCACGACAGCCCUGGUCGGGAAAUUCAUUAUGAACCUCGACGAGACGGCGCUCCAGCUCGUAGAAACCUACAAAUGGACUGACGCGAGCCUGGCGGGGUCUUCGGUGAUGUACGUCGGUAAGGCCGCGGACGCCGCGUGCAAGAAGCUCGUCAAGCGAGUCGGCUUGCUUUUGAGCUUGAGUGAGCUGGUCAUGAUUAUCGUGAUGAAGAGCGCGUUGACCGUCAGAUUGCUGUGGGCCGUGCCGGCGAUGGGCCUUGUGAGCAUGCUCCUUUACGAGUACCCGUUCACGCCGAUGGGCCAGUGGAAUUCGCUGCAACGACUGGUCCCGCUCGUGUGGUCGCUCACGUUCGCUGCGGUCGUUGUCAUCUACAAUGUGGAGCUCUACGAUGCGGACGGCGCGUUGUAUCCUCUCAUGUUGGCGAGCCAGUUCCUGAACGGUUCCUUUUUGGGCUAG